GAGGGAUUUGGUCCUUAUCGGCUUCCGUAGCGUCCCUAGGCAACUUCCGCUUCUGAGGGCCGCCUCGGCGGGUGCGCUUCCGGCAGCGGCGGUUCGAGCGGCCGAAGCAAGAUGGGUCAGAGUCAGAGUGGUGGUCAUGGCCCUGGAGGUGGCAAGAAGGAUGACAAGGACAAGAAAAAGAAAUACGAACCUCCUGUGCCAACCAGAGUGGGGAAAAAGAAGAAGAAAACAAAGGGACCAGAUGCUGCCAGCAAGCUACCCCUGGUGACCCCUCACACUCAGUGCCGGUUAAAAUUAUUGAAGUUAGAGAGAAUUAAAGACUAUCUUCUCAUGGAGGAAGAAUUCAUUAGAAAUCAGGAACAAAUGAAGCCUUUAGAAGAAAAGCAAGAGGAGGAAAGAUCUAAGGUGGAUGAUCUGAGGGGGACCCCAAUGUCAGUAGGAACCUUGGAAGAGAUUAUCGAUGACAAUCAUGCCAUCGUGUCUACAUCUGUGGGCUCAGAACACUACGUCAGCAUUCUUUCCUUUGUAGACAAGGAUCUGCUGGAACCAGGCUGCUCCGUCCUCCUCAACCACAAGGUGCAUGCUGUCAUAGGGGUGCUCAUGGAUGACACGGAUCCCUUGGUCACAGUGAUGAAGGUAGAAAAGGCGCCCCAGGAAACCUAUGCUGAUAUCGGGGGGUUGGACAACCAAAUCCAGGAGAUUAAGGAAUCUGUGGAGCUUCCUCUCACUCAUCCUGAAUAUUAUGAAGAGAUGGGUAUAAAGCCCCCAAAGGGGGUCAUUCUCUAUGGCCCACCUGGCACAGGUAAAACCUUACUAGCCAAAGCAGUAGCAAACCAAACCUCAGCCACUUUCUUGAGAGUGGUUGGCUCUGAACUGAUUCAGAAGUACCUAGGUGACGGGCCCAAGCUUGUUCGGGAAUUGUUUCGAGUUGCAGAAGAACACGCACCAUCCAUCGUGUUUAUUGAUGAAAUUGAUGCCAUUGGAACAAAAAGAUACGAUUCAAAUUCUGGUGGUGAGAGAGAAAUUCAACGAACAAUGUUGGAGCUGCUGAACCAAUUGGAUGGAUUUGAUUCGAGGGGUGACGUGAAAGUUAUCAUGGCCACAAACCGAAUAGAGACUCUGGAUCCGGCCCUUAUCAGACCAGGCCGCAUCGACAGGAAGAUCGAGUUCCCCUUGCCGGACGAAAAGACCAAGAAGCGCAUCUUCCAGAUCCACACAAGCAGGAUGACGCUGGCUGAUGACGUGACCCUGGACGACCUGAUCAUGGCUAAAGAUGACCUCUCUGGUGCCGACAUCAAGGCGAUCUGUACAGAAGCUGGUCUGAUGGCCUUGAGAGAACGGAGAAUGAAAGUGACCAAUGAAGACUUCAAGAAAUCUAAAGAAAAUGUUCUUUAUAAGAAACAAGAAGGCACCCCUGAGGGGCUGUAUCUCUAGCGGACCCCAGCUGCCUUCAAGGAAACGGUCGGGGGCUUCCCAACCCCUUGAAGGGAGGAGGCUGGGGAAUUUGCCCAGAGGAACUCCCGUUCCAGUUGAUCUUUCUUAGCGAAACCUCCUGUGUACCUUUUUGAGCGUGAUGUGUAGGACUUCCCCCCCCCCCGGCUGUUGCUCUGUUGGUCACGUGCAGUGCUCUGUCCCCAAUAAAGCGUGUUCCUUCUCAAACACUUCACCUUCUUUCUGGAGCCGCCCCACCUGGCGCUCAGCAGCAACAAGCAGGUGGACCUGGGCGGUGACAGGGAAUGCAGACUUCGGCACUCUUGUCCGGCCUCACACGCCCAGAGCCGGUGGCAAAGCUGGACAGCAGGUAGUGGGGAAGCGUGACCAUGGAGCCAGUGAGUGGUCUCUGCUAUUGAAGCAACACAGGCCGAGUGUGGCCGUGGCUUCAGAAGGAAACGCAGCUUUCCAUUUUGGAAGGUCUGUGAAGCCUGCGGGUUCUCGGCACUCUGGGGGCAGGAAAGUGUGGUGUUCCUACCAGGAAUCUCCACAGGCCUGGGCUGACGUCUCUCCCCUGCCCUGUCAUCCCCUGUUCUCCAGGGCGUUCAAAACCACGAGAGAGCUUCCCCCUCUCCUUCCCUAUUUCCUGCACUUCUCUCCUUUCCGAGCAGGUCUGUGUUCAAGCCAGUGGUGAGUGGGGCAGGCAAGGCAAGCGUCCACUUGGUUGGCUGGCCACCUUCCUCACAGGGGCUCUGACUUGCCACCCUUCUUUUCCAGCUGUUUCUAGCCAAAAUUCUGGAUGAGAUGCCAGAGAACUGGCUUUUCUGGAUGAGAUGCCAGAGAACUGCAACUUUAGCAAUUGUAGCCAUCACAGUUUUUGUCUUUUUUUUUUUUAAGAGCAAGGCCUCAGAGAAGAUAAAGCAAUUCCCUCCCAGUUAAAUAUCAGCAGUUAAUAACUGCAGGCAUGUCCUUUUCAGAAGGAAGUGGUCUGAAUGUGGAUAUUUACAUUUCAUUCCGUUCACAGCCGUCAGACGCCGAAACAAGGACGAGGCCGGCCCGGGCCUCCGUCUCCAGCAGCACUUCUCCUACCCAGACGAAGCAUCCUGUGGCCCGUCCCACAGGCAGGGGGUCUGGUGGGAAGCCUCCGGCUCCGUUCUGCACUCUUCCCAGAUGGCUGCCCACGGGCUCCCUGCAGCAGGGUCCUUUCCUCAGGCAGUGCUUUCCACACCCAGGGGCUCCUAAGUCUCCAGGGGUCCUGCUCAAGUGCAGACGGAUGAGGUGGGCCCGCGGGGCUGCAUCUCUCCCAGGCGCCCAGGUGAUGCUGCGGGUCCACAGCUGGGAGGCGUCAGGAAGAGCUUGGGGAUCGUGAGAAACUUCGUACACUUGAUACGGGCCAGAACACCAAGUUUUACAUGGACUCUCCACUGUUGUGGCCCGAAGAGAAGGACAAAAUCUGCUCUCCUGCUAACCAGCCUGGGCAAGAGGUUCAGCAACCAGACCUUUCCUACCAUGACCAGACUUUUCCUAUCAAGACCCAGAAACCCUGGCAGGACGACCAAGAAUGCCAGCCAACAGGGCACUCUCGCUAUGGCGGGGCUGGCGGAGCAGAGGAAGAGAACAAACGCGCACGCGCCAACCACGAGGUGUUAUCACUUGGCAUGAUUCUUAUCUACAUAUUCACAUAUAUAAUAUGUAAACAACAGCUUCUGUGUCAUUUGCACAUCCAAAAAAUGUGCAAGAGGUAAGAAACUGAUGACCCAGGUAUAAAUUACUAACAAUUAAAGCUGGACUUCAAAAGCAGAGCUCCUGCAACACGCACCCCCGCGUCGCCCGUCUCGUGCAUCUCGGCUCCGGCAGGGCAGGCGACAAGGCCUGGAAGGUAGGGUCCCGGUCCCUCCCGGCUCUAGUCCUCAAGCAGAAGCUCCAGCUCCUCCAUGGGCAGGCGCACCCGCAGCUCCUUCUCUGUCAUCAGGUCCAGGACCUCCUGCAUCUCCUCAGGGAAGUGCUCCACGGCAUCGAGGUACAGCGCCUGGGACAAGGAGUCGAGCACUCACCAGCCUGCCCUCCCCCUGGCUGUCCGAACUCGGCCACGCCCCGGCACCUGCUUCCGGAAGGCCGCAGAGCUCACGAGAGCCGGGUGGAGACACCUGAGGCAGAGGAGGGGAGAUUCCGAAAAGGAUUAACUGAAGCAGAGCCCAAUGCCACAGAAAGCAGCCUGUCCACCCUGUACUGAUCCACACGGGGGCUAGGUGGCGGGUGGGGGUGGGCUGGCACCGUCACGGGGGCCAUUGGGCACAAGUCCAGGCGCCGCGGGGUGCUCUCGGGGCCACUGCUGCGCAGCGUUUCCCCUGCACCGACGGACCCAGAGGUGACCGGGCCCUGUGACUUGUGCCUGGUCUAUGUCCUCCUUUACUGGGGGCCAUCGUGCCUUGCGUCAGAACGGCUUCUAGCACGAGGCCGUGUGUGUGUGAGGUGAGGCCAAUGACUGCACACACACGUCUGCUUUAACGCUUACCGUUCUCUCAAAUCUUAGAGGACUGAGAUAACCAGCAUCACUGAACCAGCGCCUUAUUAAUAAUAAUAAAUUUCUGGUCAGGAAUUUCAGUCAGAGUGUGCGGACAGUCAGCAUGCUCUGUCUCCAGGCAGAAACCUUAGUCUCAACCCCCAGACACGCUGCUGCGGUUUCCAGUGGGUGUGGAAAGAGCACGUGUGUCCUCCCCACCAGCCCCUGCCCCAGGCACGUCCCGCUCCCAGGAAGGCAUGUGUCGCUCAGGGGCUCCUCCAAGGCACCACCGCCCAGCAGGGCCACUCCCCAGGCCGGGGGGCUCCUGCAGCUGUGAGUGGGCACAAGCCAGGCUCACGGAGCUCAAGUCUGCUUCUGGACCUUCUCCCCGCCCACCUCCUCCAGGCUCCCAAUCCCACAGGAGAGCCUUCUAGUGGCUGCUGGCUCUUCCCGCCAGGUGGCUGGCGCACGGCAUCUGGCAUGAGCCUGCUGAGGGCUGUUGACCCCCUUCCCAAACCUGGGGGUGCAUCUGGAGACUCGAGCCUGUGGCUCAGGCGUUCUGUCCACCAAGGAUGGCCUCCCUUCCUUUUCAGUUCCUUCGGGUUCACUCCCACAGAAACAGACUGUAACUUGGGGCUACAGCCAGCACCUGGGACAACAGGCUUUCGCCACCCCCACAGCCAGCCGCAGAGCCCAGGGGACUCCGGUCUUCCUCCCCCUCCAACCCUUCGGAGGCUGGACCUCUCUGAGUUCAUACGCAGGGAACCAUCGUGAGCUGUCCCUCCUUCACACACCAGAACACUUCAGUAUCCUCACAACUCAGGACACGCUUUCCUUGUUUCUGAAAGAAGGAAAAAUGGUGCUGCGUCCAUUCUCAACCACUGUGAGGCUCGCUGAGGGCCCUGGAACCCAGCAAAUUAAGGUACAUCGAUGGGCUAGACUCAAACGAAAAGUGCUCUCCAGGAUUCCCUUCAUCAGCCACUGGAGAACACCCAGGCUACCAGCUGUGGGAGGGUCAAUGCCAGGUGACAGCUCGGUGGUGACUCCUGGUUGUCUCCAUGCAGGACCGCACGCUCUCAGGCCCAGCCCAGCUCCCAUCCCCUCCCUCUCGAGAACGCAGAGCCUCCCCGGGGAAGACGAGCUCACGACUGCGGCCCUGCCUCUCCGCGUCCGCCCUCCUCACCCUCUCGGUGUCCUCAUCUUGACAAACCGUGACUUCUCGUACCACCCCUCAAGUCCAGGCCGAAGCAAGAGCGACGGGCCACUCCCAUGCCCUGCGUGACCCCACAGCAUCAGGACGGGGACAGGCACAGAUCUGAAGGGGAUACAGCCGGUGAAGGGACAGAGUGCGGGGGCCACUCUCCACGUGAGGACGACAGGUCCACAGAGUGAGGCGGGAGCCAGAGUCUCACACCGAGGCGGCUCUAGUCACACCCACCCCAGGAAGGCCCCGGCCAACGAGACCCUGGCGAAUGGACGACGCGAGUCCUUGGAAAGCCCCCCAGACCGCGCACGACAGCAUGUGCACGAGCACGCCCUUCGGAGACGCGGUGGCACCCAGGGGUCGCCUGUUUGGGCCCCCAUGUGCCCUCUUCCCUGGUGCCGCAUCUGCGGGGAAAGGAAAAGCCUGAUGGGCUCUGGGCUUUUGUAAAGUCGGAUUCGCUUUUCUCAUUGGACUGCAAACAAAUCUAGCAGCUGUUCGCGAAUACAACUUUUUUACAGUCAUGUGACCCCACUGAGCGAUACCCAACCCAGACAAAAAGCUACAUUUCCACAACACCCUGAGUGUUCCCGGGGGAGAUGACAGUCCUGCCGGAGGCUCAUGUCCCCACAACCGGCACAGUAAACUGCACACGACUCUUUGUGUCGCACCCGCUCGUGUGAGUGGUGGCCUUCGUACGGGCUGACCAGCAGCUGCCAAGCAGGGGAAGGAGAACGACGCCAGAGGGUUAAGUGCCAGCCGGGGCUCCCCUCUGUUCAGAGGCCUCACUUCACCAGGCCCACAGCAUCAGCCGCCACUCUACACACGGCCCUUUCUCUCCUGUGUCGCCGGAGUGUGCGGCACUGCCAGUCUGGGGCACCCGGCUGGCUCCGUUGGUGGAGCGGGCGACUCCGGAUCUCGGGGCUGUGAGUUCGAGCCCCACAUGGGGCAUCAAGCUAAAGACAGGAACUGCAGGAUGAGCCCAAACCACCCCAAUCUUUUCAUCCAAGCCAACAAGAAUUUUUCUGUCUACAAUCCAAACCAAAGUUGGCUCAUGGAAGAUUCUUUGUAAAAAUACCCCAAGUCCGUCUCUGCCCUGCCCCUCUCCACCGACGGCAGGGGACGUUAAACUGGCAAGUCUGCGAGCCCUCCCUUUUCACAUUUCAAGGUCCUUGACUGGCUUACAAAGACUCACGCGGUAUUAGCACUGGAAAUUUUAGGGAGCUCCCCGUCCGCUCCUUCAGCUGAGUGGCCUCACCACAGGAGCGGCGAUGCACCCAGAAGCCGGGUUUCUUGACUGCUGUCUCCCUAAGCUGCACUCCCUCCCCCACCCCGAUUAACAGGCGGCAGCCCUGCAUGCACCAUGAACACACCAGCCUCUGGACGUCUGAAGAUUUCCAUUUCACACACGGGUGUCAAAACAUAUAAUCUGAGCUUCUGGGUCUGAUGAAUAAAUGUUUAAAAAAAAAAAAAACACG